GAGAACACACCCCGCCAGUCUUCAGGAGAAGUGUCUCCUCACCCUGCCAGUCUUCAGGAGAAGUGUCUCCUCACCCUGCCAGUCUUCAGGAGAAGUGUCUCCUCACCCUGCCAGUCUUCAGGAGAAGUGUCUCCUCACCCUGCCAGUCUUCAGGAGAAGUGUCUCCUCACCCUGCCAGUCUUCAGGAGAAGUGUCUCCUCACCCUGCCAGUCUUCGGGAGAAGUGUCUCCUCACCCUGCCAGUCUUCAGGAGAAGUGUCUCCUCACCCUGCCAGUCUUCAGGAGAAGUGUCUCCUCACCCCGCCAGUCUUCAGGAGAAGUGUCUCCACACCCUGGGCAGUCUUCAGGAGAAGUGUCCCCACACCCUGCAUUCAUGGCAUCCAGUAAGGACAUCUGGUCAUGUGGAUGGUGGUCAUAAACCUUCCACCUCCACACAGAGACAAACACAUCUAUGGGGUUUAGGAAGGGGGAGUAUGGAGGGAGGAAUAGUACUGAUAUCCUGACAUCUAUGGGGUUUAGGAAGGGGGAGUAUGGAGGCAGGAAUAGUACUGACAUCCUGGGAUGUGUCGUAAACCAGUCUGACUGCAGCAGAGCGGUGGAAUGCUACAUUAUCCCACACAACAACGAAGGUAGAGUGGUGGAAUGCUACAUUAUCCCACACAACAACAACGAAGGUAGAGGGGUGGAAUGCUACAUUAUCCCACACAACAACGAAGGUAGAGUGGUGGAAUGCCACAUUAUCCCACACAACAACAACGAAGGCAGAGGGGUGGAAUGCCACAUUAUCCCACACAACAACAACGAAGGCAGAGGGGUGGAAUGCCACAUUAUCCCACACAACAACAACGAAGGCAGAGGGGUGGAAUGCUACAUUAUCCCACAACAACAACAACAACGAAGGCAGAGCAGCAGAGCGGUGGAAUGCCACAUUAUCCCACACAACAACGAAGGCAGAGCAGCAGAGGGGUGGAAUGCCACAUCAUCCCACAACAACAACGAAGGUAGAGGGGUGGAAUGCCACAUUAUCCCACAACAACAACAACGAAGGCAGGGGGGAGUUUCUUGCCCCUCUCCUCUGCUGGCACAAGUUGAUUAUGCAGAUUCAUCCAGGAAAUAAAUGAGCCUCUCUGUGUUGUAGGGACCAAUGAGUGGUUUGUGUAACGGCAAACCAUCGUUGCACAGUGCUGCACACAUUGUGAUGUUAGCUCCUCUCUGGCCUGGGACAUCCACGGUUGCUCUCUAUCCAAUCACAUUUCUUCCCCUGCGGGCGUGUUUUUAACCAGUUGAAUCCAGCUUAUCUUUGUGGAUGAUGUGCUGUUUGCCUGGUUUCCAUCUCCAUUACUCUCUGAAAUACAGUAAAUCCACAGUUUUACAGUUCUUUACAUUAUGCAUAGCUGUGUAUGUACCCUGUUUGGUUAUUGAACAGGCAUCUUACCUGGAGAUAUUGAUACCGGAGUUCUUUCACACGUUCCCCGUUUCUCUCAAAGGGAAACAACUGCUUCAUCCUUGUUUCAUGUUUCUCUGGGACUCUGGCAACUGUAGUUGUGCUGACCGUAUUCCCAUUCCCAACAGUGAUAUUGUAGUUGUGUUCACCGUAUUCCCAUUCCCAACAGUGAUAUUGUAGUUGUGCUGACCGUAUUCCCAUUCCCAACAGUGAUAUUGUAGUUGUGCUGACCGUAUUCCCAUUCCCAACAGUGAUAUUGUAGUUGUGCUGACCGUAUUCCCAUUCCCAACAGUGAUAUUGUAGUUGUGCUGACCGUAUUCCCAUUCCCAACAGUGAUAUUGUAGUUGUGCUGACCGUAUUCCCAUUCCCAACAGUGAUAUUGUAGUUGUGUUCACCGUAUUCCCAUUCCCAACAGUGAUAUUGUAGUUGUGUUCACCGUAUUCCCAUUCCCAACAGUGAUAUUGUAGUUGUGUUCACCGUAUUCCCAUUCCCAACAGUGAUAUUGUAGUUGUGUUCACCGUAUUCCCAUUCCCAACAGUGAUAUUGUAGUUGUGUUCACCGUAUUCCCAUUCCCAACAGUGAUAUUGUAGUUGUGUUCACCGUAUUCCCAUUCCCAACAGUGAUAUUGUAGUUGUGCUGACCGUAUUCCCAUUCCAACAGUGAUAUUGUAGUUGUGUUCACCGUAUUCCCAUUCCCAACAGUGAUAUUGUAGUUGUGUUCACCGUAUUCCCAUUCCCAACAGUGAUAUUGUAGUUGUGUUCACCGUAUUCCCAUUCCCAACAGUGAUAUUGUAGUUGUGCUGACCGUAUUCCCAUUCCCAACAGUGAUAUUGUAGUUGUGUUCACCGUAUUCCCAUUCCCAACAGUGAUAUUGUAGUUGUGCUGACCGUAUUCCCAUUCCCAACAGUGAUAUUGUAGUUGUGCUGACCGUAUUCCCAUUCCCAACAGUGAUAUUGUAGUUGUGCUGACCGUAUUCCCAUUCCCAACAGUGAUAUUGUAGUUGUGCUGACCGUAUUCCCAUUCCCAACAGUGAUAUUGUAGUUGUGCUGACCGUAUUCCCAUUCCCAACAGUGAUAUUGUCUGCCAGCACUCUGUCCCGAACUUCCUGCGGUUUUAUUGCAUUGUUGCCAAUUACCAUGGCAACCAUGGCAACCAUGGCAAUUUCCUGCGGGAUCUAAUAUUCUGCCUCUCCUUCCUGUGGGAGGCAACCUUUUGGUUCCUACUGAAAAACACAAAACAUGUAAAAAUGUGAACAUAUUGUUAUUGUACUGUAAUAUGCAGUUCAAUUGUCAUUGGAAGGAAGCACAUCAUGUUGUUUUGCCGGAGAAUUGGUACUAUUGAUGCAACUGGUGAACGCUGGUUGGUUGCACCUUUAAACCGGCCUCUCUGAGACACCAUGGUCUCCUCUCUCUCAAAGAGACACCAUGGUCUCCUCUCUCUCAAAGAGACACCAUGGUCUCCUCUCUCUCAAAGAGACACCAUGGUCUCCUCUCUCUCAAAGAGACACCAUGGUCUCCUCUCUCUCAAAGAGACACCAUGGUCUCCUCUCUCUCAAAGAGACACCAUGGUCUCCUCUCUCUCAAAGAGACACCAUGGUUUACAAUGGUCAGUAAUUAUGUCCCUCGUCUCAUCAGAGACACCAGGGUUUACAAUGUCCCUCAUCUCAUCAGAGACACCAGGGUUUACAAUGUCCCUCAUCUCAUCAGAGACACCAGGGUUUACAAUGAGGCGCAGAGGAAAAAGCAGACUGUGAUGUUUGACUCCGUGGAGGACUGGACUCAAGACAUGAAGAGAACUAAAGGAAACUGUAGAGUGGUGUCGGAGAACAGCAACUUCGAGCUCUCUCCAAAGUUGCCUCAGUAUUUUAUCGUCCCAAAAAACGUCUCGGACGAAGACUUGAUUAAGUACCAGGGAAAAGGAUUACCGAUGUGGUGCUGGUCUCAUCACAGUGGCUGUGCCUUGUUUAAAACCGCCUCUAUGCCCCUGGUCCAAGAGGACAACGUCCCACAAACCUACAUGGAGAAAAUGUUGACGGCAGUGGCUCACAACCACCUGUACUCCGUAAAGACAGAAGACCUGACCGACACGCUGCCCACCGUUCAGGACAUCCUGUUGUCGUACAACAGAUUCAAACAGUUCUUCCUCAUCGACAAUACAACAGAGUUCUGGAUGUCCGAUAUGAAAUGGUUCUCCUCACUGGACAACUGUGGAUGGCUGGACAUCAUCAGACAGUGUCUCCAGAAGGCCGUGGAGGUAGUUGAGAGCCUGGAAAAGGAAAACACCAAUGUUCUCAUUAUGGAGGAGGGCGGUUCAGACCUGUGCUGUGUGGUCUCCAGCCUGGUCCAGUUGAUGUUGGACCCCUACUACAGAACUCUUCUGGGCUUCCAGAGUCUGGUGCAGAAGGAGUGGGUAGCAGGAGGACAUGCUUUCCUGGAUCGCUCCAACCAUCUACACCUCAAGGACAAGGUGGAGAGCCAGUCUCCAGUGUUCCUGCUCUUCCUGGAGUGUGUGUGGCAGCUACAGCAGCAGCAUGGUCCGGCCUUCCAGUUCUCAGAGACCUACCUGACCGUGCUGUCUGACAGCGUCCAUGUUCCGGUCUUCACCACCUUCCUCUUUAACAACGACUGCCACAGAGACAGCUUACUAAGGGCCGAGUCGCCCCACACACAAAGAAGCCCAUUGAACUGCCCUACAGUGUGGGACUGGUCGGUGCAGUUUGACUGCAAGGCACAGGAUCUCUUCACUAACCCUUUGUAUACCGAGAAGCCCAAGCAGGACACGUCUGUGAGGAAAUCAUACAGGCCCAGGCACCUGCGUCAGCUGUCCCUGCCAAGCUCCGCCUUCAAGACCCCCCCUAAGAAGAGCUUCUUUAAAGACGAGGCGGACAACCUGAAGAAAAUCCUCGGUGUAAAGAGGCUCAGUCGCUGGAUGCUGUCUCCUUCCUCAGAUUCCCCUCAGACCUCGUCUUCAGUCAGGGAGUUCUACGAGGCGUGGCAGACUAAACCAUUGGAUUACCACAGUCUGCUGCUGCCCUGCCUGGACGGUCCCUCCAUACGCGUCUGGAUGCAGAGGUACCUGCGCUGGAUCCACGACGUCCAGAUCCUAGGAGGGGGUCCAGUGGCCAUGCUGAGUAAAGUCUCUGAGAUACUGGGGGAGGUUCAGGAGCUGCAGAGACAGCUCGAUCGCCACGGCUGCACUUUAACCUCCAACCACAAGGGGGCGAGGCCAAGGGCCAAGACAGCGGCGGCGGUGAUCACAACCAGGUCUUCGGUGAGGCUGUCGUCGUCGUUCCCCUUCGUGACGUCGAGGAACUGGUCGUUCAAACCGGCCAUACCGACCAGCCUGCUUCAGAGUCUCAUGGUGACCGGGAUGGCAGGAAACCUGGCCGAUAGAGAGGAUGAUGGUGGCCCGGAGUCUCUGGUCUAGGAUACACACAGUCCCCCUGUCUAUCACAAACCCAAUGGGGAGGUUUGGUUGGAGGCCUGUUACUGUACAGGUACACCGGGACCUAAAGUGUUGGACCCUGUCGUGGUGCUCACUGCUCAAAGCCAUCGGUGACAGGACCAUCAUGUUCCUGCUUUAGACAGAGAAGGCCAAAGCUAUAUAUAUCCUAAUACCAUUUGUGCACUACUGUGGCGAGCAACAUUUUUUUUAACCUGUUGCUUUAUAAACAAAACUGUGACUAUGUCCCGUCUCUUGCUUAAAGGAAAUGGCAUCUUUAAAGAAUUCCUAGCUGUCCAUAGUUGACUACUGUCCUGUUAAGAACAAUAGAGAAUCCGGUCUAAAAUACAUAACUACUGUAAAGCACUGAAUUAUUCAUUACCAUUUUGUUUGCCCUUUUUAAUGAAAUAAAAGUCUCUCGAUGGGAAUGCCAGAGGUUGCUUAAUGGUUUAAGAAGCCGAUUUCAAGCCAAAAUCACACGAAUCUAUGCCAUAAGUGUACAGUAUGUGUUAACCAAUGAUGCCAGCUGUAUGUUUUAUACUGCAAAAAGGAAGCUUAUUUUUGUUUUACCUUACAACUUCUAUACUGUUUUAUUCCUAAUCUCUGUGGAAUGGAAUCCAAAGCCAAUAUCGUACUGUACUUUUAACUGGCUGUAAUGUGAUGGUAGUAAGACUCAGGAAAUGAGAAGGCGGGAAAAAGAGAGGGAAAGAAGGCGGGAAAAGAGAGGGAAAGAAGGCGGGAGGGAAAGAAGGCGGGAAAGGCGAAGCGAGAUUUGGAACUCACAACAAAAUCUGUCCAAAUUUAGCACAAUGGGCUCAACUUGUUGCCGGCAUUCCCGCCUUUGGUACAGCGACUCCCAUUGUAAGGGAGGAGACAUGGGCUUUGGUAGAGCGACUCCCAUUGUAAGGGAGGAGACAUGGGCUUUGGUAGAGCGACUCCCAUUGUAAGGGAGGAGACAUGGGCAUCUCGUCAUUAUAUCCAGAUCUCUGGACGGAUACACUUUAACACCUGCUACGUUAGGAUAGAUACACACAGACCACACACAACACAACGAUGAUGGACCGAGACAGUUCGUGAAAGUAUGCCUUAUCUACUUUGAAGAACUAGUCAAAUGAUUUGGUCAGACAGCAGCAUACUUAGGCAGGCUAGCUGAAUAGGAUGACAACAGACAGUACAGUAUGGGGAGAACAGAGAUAACUGUCUGGCUGACAGCUACUGCCUGGGCAGAGAUGAGAUGAUGACUUUAAGGAAUUAAACAUUUAAAAGUCAUAAAAUCAGACCUAAAGAAUAUGUACAUUUUAUUUGUCACGUGGAGAAUACAACCUUACAGUGAAAUGCUUACUUAACCAAAAAUGCAGUUAAGAAAAUACCCCCCAAAAAAGUAAGAGAUAAGAAUAACAUAAUUAAAGAGCAGCAGUAAUUAACAAUAGUGGGUAUUUAUACAGGGGGUACCGGUGUUGAGGUAGUAUUAUACGUACUAUGAAUUUUUUUAUUUCAUAGUAAUUUACUAUAAUCAUAUUGAUGUCUACCCAAGGUGGACCCGACUGAGACUAUAUCAUAUUUUUAAAGUUUUGGCAUUUGAAUGUUCACUAUUUUUGACUUUGGUAUUUUAAUUAAAAAGCUCUAAAAUCA